AUGCAACUUAGAAAAGGGAUCAACAAGUUAGUCCUAUAUCCCGACGACGUCGAGUUCGCCAAGUCGACACCCAUUCAGAAGAAGAAGCAUUCGAUGACAAAAGAACCGCUCUUUUCUUCAAAAGUGACCUUCAGCAGUGACGUGGAUCUAGGAAGCGACAAGGAGGAAUCGGUGAAUGAUGUAUCGUCUGUUAUGGAGACAAUAAGCUACGGAAAGGCCAGCUAUAUGGGAACAGAGAUCCACAUAAAACCUGUCGGUCUGCCUACGACAAACCUCAAAACUGCCCUGAUCGAGCUGCUGCGAACUCUUCGAAGUAUACGGAAUAACAAUGUCAACCAAUUCGUUGGCUGCUACCUCGAGUCGAACUCCUUUAACCUGGCAUACGAACAUUGUAGCCGUGGGAGCUUACGGGACAUAAUAGCGCACACUACGAGACACCUGGACUGGGAAUUCAAGAAUUCUCUGCUUAAGGAUUUAGUCCGCGUAAGUUUUUUUCCCGCCUGUUCAAACGUGCCUCUUCUACGUACGGAUUUUGUCCUUUUAGGAAAAAUGCAACUAUCGCAUGCCGGCAAAAAUAUACCCACCGAGAUCUGUUUCUGUUUUCAGGGCAUGAAUUACCUCCACAAGUCUGCAAUCAAGGUGCAUGGAAGGCUCAAAUCCAGUAACUGUCUGAUUGAUGCAAGAUGGGUUCUGAAGAUUACUGACUACGGAGUUACCAAUGUGCAGGCGAUGUACGGCUAUUUUCAGGCCCUAGCACCAGAGGUUAAGGGUUAUUUUCAUCUUUCAGAGAUGUUAUGGACAGCUCCAGAGCUGCUCCGAGACCUCACAGAGGUCCACAUGGGGACACCGAAAGGUGACGUGUACUCAUUUGCGAUCAUAAUGCAGGAGAUCAUUUGCCGUUGUGCGCCCUUUCCGGGAUGCGAGCUGUCAGCAGCGGAAAUGGUUGCAAAAGUACGCUCAGCCCCACCAAUCUUUCGGCCGAAUGUACGUACAUUUUCUAGCACUUCCUUGACUCUUGUGCAUUUGCAUAAAAGUUUCUUUCUAGAAGUGGAACACGGAGGAAUCGGGUCGGAGGAAAACUCCCAGUCUAAUUCGUUCACGCCUUUAUCAUAUGUGCUUUCAUAA